AUGUAUGUUUUUAGAUUAAUUCUUUAUUUAUUACGUUCAAUUACCAAUACAAUGAGUAACCGUCAAAUUACGUUAGAAUCAAAUGAUAAACAAAAAUUUGAAGUCAAUAUUGAUAUUCUUGAACAAUCAAAAACUAUCAAGGAUGUCAUGGAAAAUUGUGGAGCAGAGGAAGGAACAACCAUUCCAUUACCAAAUGUAGAUUCGACUAACUUGAAGAAAAUUAUUGAAUGGAUGACUCAUCACAAAGACGAUAUACCAUCAUUUGACGAUGAUGAAGAUUAUGGUGAAAGAAAAAAGAUUGAAAUAUCGAAAUGGGAUCAAGAUUUUCUUAAAAUUGAUCAAAGCAGUCUCAUUCAACUUCUUCUAGCUGCAAACUAUUUAGAUAUUUCAAAACUAAUUGAUAUUAUAUGUAAGACAAUAGCUGAUAUGAUGAAUGGAAAAACUACUGAACAGAUUCGAGAAACAUUUAAUAUUCAAAAUGACUUUACACCAGAAGAGGUCAGUUUAUUAUAGAUAACUUAAUUUCUUCUAUUAAUAUGAAGUAUUCUAGGAGGAAGCGCUGAAAAAAGAGUACGAAGGACUAAACGAUAAUAAGUAAAGAAUUCAAGUUUUUCACUUUUUUUUACUAUAAUAUGGCAAUGUUUUUUCUAAAUGAAUUGGUAAAGUUUAAUCCAUCACCUUCUCGUGAUUAAAAUAAAUCAAGACGUCGAUCCUUGGUCUUAUGUAUAUCAGCGUUUUGUCUAAAUUACGAUCAAGAAGAAACAUAUUGUAGAUAUAUAAUGGCUUUGUUUCUUAGUGUUACGAUUUAUUUACAUCUACUCUGAACACUAUAACAACAAAAAAGUUAGAAUACAGUGAGUAAUGUCUAUGGAGCACAAGAACAUGACUUAUUUUCUAUCAAAAAUGCAUCUUUUGAUAUAAAUAUUGAUGUUCAGGACUCAGCAAAAAUUGAAAUCCAUAAAAGAAGAUUUUCGAUGUAAAAUACAUGAGGAGACCGUUACCCAAAACUUUCCUUGAAAACAUUUUUAUCUUAAAAAGCAAUAAAUGUUACAUUAUGCGGUACAGUUUUCUAUAGUCUUUCUGAAUAUGUUGUUAUUUUUGUGUUAAAAAAUUAUGAGACAAAAGAAUGAGGGAAACCUUUUUUAAAACUAAGGUUUCAUAGAAAAUGUGUAGUUCAAUCCAGAAAUAUGUAUGCAUCUUUAUGUUGACUGAAUAAACAUAUCAGAUAAAGACUAAUAAUUUUUGAAAGUUUCAUCAACUUUGGAACGGUAUUGAAGUAUAGAUACUUUUCUAGAAAGGAAAUCAUUAGAACAAAAUUUUUCCUAUAGAAUGCAAGGAAAAAACUCUAGUAUAACAAUUUACACGAUUUAUUUCGGAGAUCCUUUGACUUUCUUUGAAAACAAAUACCUUUUCUAAGAUGACGAAAAACUUGGUCAUUAUUUGAAUAUAGAAAUUUUUCCAAAAUCCAUAAAGAGAUACAAUAGGUUUUUUUUCAUAGAAAAAAUCGACCAUUAGUCAAAGUAUAUUGAACAUUAUUCGAAUCACAAAGAAAAACUUCCAUUUUUUUACUGAAUGUCUAUGGUGUCUUGAACUACUUAAUUUUAUAUAUUCAAAUAUUGAUUAAGAAUGAUUCCUAUUUAACGAAAAAACUAAUAGUUUAGCGAUUAAUUCAAUUGAAGUUGAACAAAGUUCAUGUUGCAUGAGGGUUUUAAUGAUGAAAGACAAUCCAAAAAAAAUACUAAACAAAUUUAAAGAUAGGCUGAUCCAUUUUAUAUUUAACAUUAGUACUUAAUCGAACUCAUCUUUCUGUUCAAAAAGAUCACAUUAGUCAAAUUCAUAAGUUUUAAUUACUGGUUUUAGACUAUGCCUCAUAUACUGGGAUAAUCGUUGACCUUCUCAUGAACGUUCUCUUAAGCAAUAAUUUUACUGAAAAUCGGGUGAGAAGCGUCACAUGAUUUUUCGAAAUCGAGAAAUCCAAGUUGACAAUGAGUCUAUCAAAACUUGAAUUCUUGUUUAUGAGGUUAUGGAAGUCUUAUUGUGCAAAAAAAUAACGAUUUUUCAUAACAGACGUGACUUAUAAGUUUCAAUAAAGAAAAAAAUAAGCUACUCUUUUAUCAAUAAGGUGAGUAUCAAUAAUCGAGUCAAGAUUGAAUUAUUAUUGCCUGGAUUUAUGGCUGCCUCAGAAGCAAACAUCAGCAAUUAUUUAAUAAAAUACAUGUUUGCUUGGUUUUUAGGUUAAUUUGAAUAUUGAAACUGAAAGUUAAAAUAAUCGGAAAGGUAUCUAUUAUUUUUGAAAAGCAACCUCCUUAAGACUUUCUUGUGGAGAGAGCACAGAACAAGUGAUCUCAUUCUAUUCGUGGCAAAUCUAAGUAAAUUCAACUAUACACGAUUUAUAUCGAUUUGUUUCGAAAUAUCAUAAAGCUUGGAAUUGCUGACAAUCGGUUAACUUAAAUUAUUUGUCACAGUGAGAGUUUGAAAAUAGAAACCACUGAUCAUAUCAGCAAAAUUGGAUAAAGUCAAUGUCAAGAAUUUUUGUCUCGCCUGGAUGUAAUCCUUCUUUAAAAUAUAUGAGAAAAGUUCAAAAUAAAAUUAUAUUUAGCUAAAAUCUUCAAAAAAUUAGAAAAUGGCACCUAAAUCUAGAAUUUUUAAAUGUUCUAUAAUUUUCUUUUUUUCUACAAGAAAUAGUAAAGUUUGCAAUUGUUCGUCGCAUUAGAUCACAUGUCAAUAAAGAAAACAUUUGAUCAAUAUCAUUUAUGACUCCAAGAUUUAUUAUUAUGAUAAGCACUCUUGUUAAUGUUAUAUGUAACAUUCUUCCUAUAAAGAUCGUAAGAAAGAAGAUCAGUAUAUCGUUGAUAUACCGCUGUCAUUGAAAAAAGAUUUUCUCCAACGUGAUGAAUACAUUGUCAAUUAUGCAAUGAAUGAUACGAACAUUAUGUAACUGGCGAGGAACACUGCUUUUAUGAUGAUGCUAGACAAGUUAUUUGACAUAUAUAUUAUGUCGGAAGAAACACAUCAUUCAACGAUGAAAAAGAAAAAUUCAACAGAACGGUUUACAUCCUGUUCCCAUAUUUAUGUGUUCUCGCAUCGAGUUAUACAGACGAAUCAUGCUAUCUAUUUUGUAGAGCUUCAAAAUCUCUAUCGCGUAUUAGUGUAUCCAAGAAUUUUUAUAAUGAAACUUUAUCGCAUAAAAUAAAUGUUACUCAUUUUUUUUCAAAUAGGUAACGUCUAUUUUGCUUUUAUUCUAUUCAAUGAAAAUUCUUACACGUACUAAUAACAUAGAGCUUUUAAAGUUCGACAAAAUCCAUAGUACAAUUUGUUUACGUAGCUCAAUAUGAAGAUAUAUCAAUACAGAAGAACUGUAUUUUUUGUUUGAAAAUUUUUUAUAUUGUAUGCCACCUGCAGUAUUACUAUAGUAACUAUUUUGCUUGGAUUUAUUUCUAUGAGAUACAUUUGUGUAUUGUAUUGUAGCUAAUAAAAGUCUGAAUUUUUUUUUUUGAAAGACAAAUUCAGUCUGAAUCUAUGAAAAUUAGAGAAGAUGUUGAAAAAAUAUGGAGAAUCGCAUUCUUUAUGAACCGCUCGUUACUUUGUUUCGUGCAUAAAUUGAAAAAUAUGAAAGUAUGAUAAUUUUAAUACUUUGUUUGACUACCUGUAUAUAAAUCUUCAUUUUUCUGUUGUGACCAAUUUUUUGUUACAUUUUCAAUAUUUUUCUUUCAGUAAUUACGAUUUAAAGAUGACGCAAAAAUACAAAAUUAUUCAUCCGAAACGAAUGAAAGAAAGAAAAAAAAAUGCGAUUUGCUACUUUAAAAUCAGCGAUUUUUCUAUAAUACAUAAUUAUAUUGAUGUAAAUUUAUUAGCAAGGUUUGACAGAAAAAAAUCUAGUGAGUAAGGAAAUUUGAAAAGGAAACUAUCUGUUUCCAUUUUUUCUUUCGAAUUAUAUUACAAUCUGCCUUGUAUGUAGAAUCAGUAAGAAUAUUUUCAAGGAUCAAAGUCUGUAUUGCAACCGUUUUUUAUGGAGCACGGUCGGAGACAUGUUUUAGUUGCAGAUGUUUGUGUUCUCAAUAUCAAUGAAAAAAAUCCCAUAACUCUUAAUCAUUGUUUGUCAACCCCGAGUUGAUAUUUCAUCAUUGUAUAUGCAAUACUAUUUUUCUUUCUGACGUUUUCCUACAAUACUCAUGUGACGUUGUGUCAAUAAAAAAAAAGUGCUUUCUAUCCCACAGAACGAAAAACAGCGAUGUUUUUUUCUUUUUUAAUGUGCCCAUAACACAAAAAACUCAAGCAAAAACACAUUUCAUUCCUAUUCGUGUCGUAAAUAAGUAAAAAGUAACUGUGUUUUCUACCACAAAUAUUAUUAUUCAUCAUAUUCUUUUUAGCAUUCGAUGAUCUUCUUAAAACG